AUGAAUUUUAAGUACAUAGUUGCAGUGUCCAUUUUAAUAGCAUCUGCAUAUGCACGAAGGGUAAAGAAUGAUGAACAGUCUCUGAGUCAGAGGGAUGUUUUAGAUGAAGAAUCACUGAGGGAAAUCAGAGGUAUAGGAGGAGCCAUCCUAAGUGCUGGUAAAUCAGCUUUAAAAGGCUUGGCUAAAGGAUUGGCUGAGCAUUUUGGGAAGAGAACAGCUGAAGAACAUGAAGUGAUGAAAAGACUGGAAGCCGCAGUGCGUGAUCUAGAUUCCUUGGAUCAUCCAGAGGAAGCUUCUGAAAAGGAAACCAGAGGCUUCAAUCAAGAGGAAAAAGAGAAACGCAUUAUAGGGCCAGUAUUAGGUAUGGUUGGUAGUGCACUUGGAGGUUUACUUAAAAAGAUUGGAUAAUUAAAGCCAGAAAA